GUCCGGCAAGACCUGCUUGGAGACCUGCCUCAACUACGGCCUCACUUGCCUGGACCAGGAUCUUCUCUUCAUCAACCACUGCGCUGCUCUUGCUACGAUCUUCAAGUGCAGGGCCUGCGAGCCAGGUCUUGACAAUGCAGGAGUCGAUCAGUCUGGGGUGU